CAAAGAGCGGCAGCUAGUCAGUGUUCGCUGGUGCCAGCUGUGGAUAAAUGUAAAUAAGCAUGUGCCUACGCGCCACAACAACGGUGAAAACGCCAACAACAGCAAAGAAACAGCUGAUGCGUUCGGCAUUAAAUAUUUUUACCUUGUGCAGUGUUUUCGUCAGUGUUGUUGCCAGAGAAGCGGUGAAACCACCUGAUGACGUCGCUACUGAACUGAAGCGUGUUGGAACAGGUGUCAUAGCGUCGGAGAAUACGUCGGUACACAACGGACUGCCAUGCAUCAUUGAUACGCAAUAUGAUUUGCCGAAGCCGAACCUACCGCAACCGCUGUAUGUCCGUCCAAACUCAACAGAGUACUGGCUGCCAAAUAACGACGGUUUCAUCGAGAUACCACAAGGCAGCAGCAUAGAGUUGAUCUGCACCUCACCUUUUGCGAAUGCCACCACAAAUACUGCGGGUAUAUCGCGCAGGAAGCGUUCCAUCCGCCCGCGCUGCUUACAAGGCACCACAUUCACGUUGAACGGCGAGAAAUACGAAUUUAGGCAAUUUCUCUGCACGCAGCCGGUGAAAUACACUGUCGAGCGCACAGCGCAGACCUGCGCCAACAAUAGCGCGCAGCUGUAUCGCGUUGGCUACAACUUGACGAGGUCACAUUUUCUGGAAACCAUGCAGAUUUGUCACGACGACGACGAACUGCGCACGCAUUUUGUGCGUUACACGCUUCAGCCGGCCAACCAAUACUAUCAGCCCGGCGUAAAGCGUUUAAGCUUCUCGAAAGCUAGGCAUUUCACACAAUACGACAUGAAUUAUUUCUACUCUCAGAAGAAUCAACAACAACAGGCUGCACAGUUGUUGGACAGCGAAGCGCAUGCGCAAACCUGUUUCGAUAAGAAAUCGCUCUUUCUAUCGCGCGGUCAUCUGGCUGCCAAAGCCGAUAUGAUCUAUGCCACACAGCAGCGCACCACAUACACUUUCUUCAAUGCGGCACCACAGUGGCAGUCGUUCAAUGGCGGACAAUGGGCCACAUUGGAGGAGCGCGUGCGCGCCUCUGUCCAAAAGUUGAAACAAACGGUGACCUGCUAUACCGGCACUGUGGGCGUAAUGCAAUUGAGAACCGCCAGCGGAAAUAUGCUUCGUCCUUACUACUUGUCUUACGAUAAGAAUAAUAACGGCUUGUUGCCGGUACCGGCUCUGUACUUUCGCAUCAUUGUGUCUGCGGAUGGACGCGCUGGCAUCGUGUUGCUGGGCACUAACGACCCAUUUGCUACAAUGCGCGAAAUACACGAGGAAUAUGUGAUAUGUACGGAUGUGCGCGAGCAAGUGCCUUGGCUUAAAUGGAUGCGCAAUAGUGAAGAGACCUUGAAGAGCGGAUACUUGUAUGCCUGCAGAGUGGAUGAGUUCAUAAAAGUGGUGCCGAUUCUGACGGCGGAGCUCGCUGAUGUGUCUGAGUUGUUGGUACAAAUAAGCAUGUGCCUACACAACGCCACAACAACGGUGAAAACGCCAACAAUAGCAAUAAAACAGCUGAUGCGUUCAGCAUUAAAUAUUUUUACCUUGUGCAGUGUUUUCGUCAGUGUUGUUGCCAGAGAAACGGUGAAACCACCUGAUGACGUCGCUACUGAGCUGAAGCGUAUUGGAACAGGUGUCAUAGCGUCGGAGAAUACGUCGGUACACAUCGGAUUGCCAUGCAUCAUUGAUACGCAAUAUGAUUUGCCGAAGCCGAACCUACCGCAACCGCUGUAUGUUCGUCCAAACUCAACAGAGUACUGGCUGCCAAAUAACGACGGUUUCAUCGAGAUACCACAAGGCAGCAGCAUAGAGUUGAUCUGCACCUCACCUUUUGCGAAUGCCACCACAAAUACUGCGGGUAUAUCGCGCAGGAAGCGUUCCAUCCGCCCGCGCUGCUUACAAGGCACCACAUUCACGUUGAACGGCGAGAAAUACGAAUUUAGGCAAUUUCUCUGCACGCAGCCGGUGAAAUACACUGUCGAGCGCACAGCGCAGACCUGCGCCAACAAUAGCGCUCAGCUGUAUCGUGUCGGCUACAAUUUGACGAGGUCACAUUUCCUGGAAACCAUGCAGAUUUGUCACGACGACGACGAACUGCGCACGCAUUUUGUGCGUUACACGCUUCAACCGGCCAACCAAUACUAUCAGCCCGGCGUAAAGCGUUUAAGCUUCUCGAAAGCUAGGCAUUUCACCCAAUACGACAUGAAUUACUUCUACUCUAAGAAGAAUCAACAACAACAGGCUGCACAGUUGUUGGGCAGCGAAGCGCAUGCGCAAACCUGUUUCGAUAAGAAAUCGCUCUUUCUAUCGCGCGGUCAUCUGGCUGCCAAAGCCGAUAUGAUCUAUGCCACACAGCAGCGCACCACAUACACUUUCUUCAAUGCGGCACCCCAGUGACAGUCGUUCAAUGGCGGACAAUGGGCCACAUUGGAGGAGCGCGUGCGCGCCUCUGUCCAAAAGUUGAAACAAACGGUGACCUGCUACACCGGCACUGUGGGCGUAAUGCAAUUGAGAACCGCCAGCGGAAAUAUGCUUCGUCCUUACUACUUGUCUUACGAUAAGAAUAAUAACGGCUUGUUGCCGGUACCGGCUUUGUACUUUCGCAUUAUUGUGUCUGCGGAUGGACGCGCUGGCAUCGUGUUGCUGGGCUCUAAUGACCCAUUUGCUACAAUGCGCGAAAUACACGAGGAAUAUGUGAUAUGUACGGAUGUGCGCGAGCAAGUGCCUUGGCUUAAAUGGAUGCGCAAUGGGGAAGAGACCUUGAAGAGCGGAUACUUGUAUGCCUGCAGAGUGGAUGAGUUUAUAAAAGUGGUGCCGAUUCUGACGGCGGAACUCGCUGAUGUGGCUGAUUUGUUGGUACAAAGUUAACGUGGGCUUAGGUGCUGAAUGUGACGGACCUAUAUGAAAGGCCUGUUGCUUGAUCCCCUACUACUGAAUCCCUUUGACGGAUACAAUCCUGACAAGAAUCAGCUGUUUCAAUUUUAGUGAUUAACGGUGCAAUCAAAAUAGUUAAAUAGUACAAUAUUUUCUUAACUUGUAAUUUAUUAAAAUAAAUUCUAUGCGUG